AUGGAGACAGUGGGGGCUGCUGCUUUCUUUGAUGAGGAAUGGGAAUCGUCAUUGAGCAAACUGUUUGCUGUUGAGAAUCCUGAUUUCAUGUUCCAGCUCCAAGGUGAUGACAAUGGCGGCGCUGGCUUUGAAGCCCCAUCCACUUUCUGGCAAGCUGUUGAGGCUGCAGAAGCUAGUAACAAUGGCGGUGGAAGUCUUGACAACCAUUUGAACCACCUUGUUCAAUCUGAUGAUGAGUCCAUGAAGUUUUUCGUGGUAUCCCAGAAUGAGUUUGAUACUUCAGUUCCUGUUUUCGAUCCUGACGAGGUUAUCAGAGACAUCUCGGACGAGGUUGAAGUUUCAGAAGAACAGACAACCAGAAAUGGAAAUCCCAAGAAGAGAACACGAUCAGUUUCGCGGGAUGGCCAGAAGAAUAAAAGGAAUAAUGCAAACUCAAAGACAAAGAAGAAUCCUAAGAACAUGACUGAAAAUUCCAAUGGAGAAGAGUAUGACAGUAAUACUAUAAUGUCUGCAAAUAAUGCAGUGCAGAGCUCAAGCUGUUACAGCAGCGAGGAUGAUUCUAUUGCAUCUCAGGAUUUGAUCAAUCCUGGAUCGACCACCUCGAAUGGGAAAACAAGGGCAAGCAGAGGGGCUGCAACUGAUCCCCAAAGCCUAUAUGCAAGGAGAAGAAGGGAAAAGAUAAAUGAGAGGCUGAGAAUCUUGCAGAGCCUAGUUCCCAAUGGAACAAAGGUUGACAUUAGUACUAUGCUUGAAGAGGCUGUCCACUAUGUAAAGUUCAUGCAGCUUCAAAUCAAGCUCCUAAGCUCAGAUGACCUGUGGAUGUAUGCUCCAAUUGCUUACAAUGGAAUGGACAUUGGCCUUUACGAAAAGAUGCUAUUACCAAGCUCCUGAUCCGAUCUUUAAAACGUUACU